UAUUAGGGAUGUCUAUUCUAAGUGAAUGGAGCUUGAUUUAAUUCCAGGGACUGGAUUUUGUCACCGACUUUAAGGACUGGGUCAGUUACGAGGUUUACAACCCAACUUGCUUUGUGGGGUGUUUGACCCUUACAAAAGGUUUAGGGUGUGGAUUUAUUAAACUAGAUACAGUAUACAUUUGUAUUUAUGAGCCGGAAAAAGAUUGUCUGUAGAUUGUAGCAGGUAGGCUGUACACCUGUGUAAGCGACCCGUGAAGGGAUUAUCUAUUGCUGUGUGUCUACGUAUAUACCCUUACCUCAAAUAGCUGUGUCGAAACUGGUACACGAUAUUUACAGCACUUUAUACCAGUAUUUCAUAUUGUGAUUGUUUACCUUCUGCACGAUUCAUGUAUAGAUAGUACGCCCAUUCACCUGGAGAUUUAUCUGUGUGGCAUCGGCUAACAACUGUGACAGAAACUGUAUUAUUUACAAUAUAAAAUACAGAUUUUGAAAGUGAGGUGUGGACAGGUGGUUUAUUACCUUGGAAAUAUUUACAAACUUUUGACUGAUUCAUUGGAUGCUCUCCCAUAUGUUAAACAAACAGCAGAUUGUGACAUACAUAAUUAAAUCACUUGCGUGUGUAAAAAUUUGAAUAAUAUCAUCAUACACUUUGACCUUUUCUAUAUAGGACGAAUCAUGACAAUCGUAAAGAGCUAUCAUUAAGGAGCGUAAUUUCGUGAGGAUUCUGUAUUAUGAUACAUACCUAUUGUGGUUAGCGUUGUGAUGUCUGUAGUGUGAAUUUCAGUGCAUUAUACCACAGAUGUGAUGUUCAGUGCAUUAUACCACAGAAUCAGCUGCAAUAUUAAUUUUAUAAAGGAAGUGACACACACGUUAUCUUGACUUGAUUAGGAGAUAUACACAUAGACAGGACAUCAACGUGAGUGAAAAAAAUACUGUUAAUCAUUUCCACUUUUCAAUGAUAUUUGAUUAGGCUUAAUUCAUUAUCUGUGGAACUGUAGGACUGUUCAUUAGUGUCUUAUAACUUAUUUUCUGAUUGGUUGAGACUGGCUGGAAAGACGCACCUGUAUAUUGUAUAAACAGUGCGUGAAACAGAUGGACCGUUUGUCUGAAGUCUUGUCUGGAAAACAAUAACAUUAGCUUCAGUCAUCUGGAAAUGUAUAUACACACGAAAUAAAUUUGAUCUGAAGAAGGAAUGUGUGUGUAAACUACUGACAUUGAAAAAUCCAGAGAGUAAAAAAAAGGAAAGAAAAAGUGUCCUGCCUGGAAAGCGGAAAGAAAUUUGAAAUUGGACUGUUGGAGAUAUUUGUGUCAUAUACAGAUGUUCUGUUGAAGAAAAAGAUUUUGAUUUUCGAAGAGAACCACAUAUACAAUACACAUACAGAGGAAAGGCCUGGGUAUCUGUGUGCUGUCGUUCUGGAGUUUGUAAGGAUUUAUUUGAAGGGAUGUUUUUAUGAUGCAGGGAUGAUAUUGUGGAUACAACAAAGAUAUGGUUAAAUCGCUGAUGGCCAAUAAAUGAUGAAUUUGGUCUGUGGUUUCGUGAACGAUCAAUAUAUCUUGUGAGUCAUUCAUGGUGAAAUCUGAACAGUUUGUUGAAUAGCAGAUAUAAUUUCCAGUUGAUGGUCAUGCAACUGUUUAUGUGCAGCUAACAUUAAUGUAUUGAUUAAUCAUUUUACGUCAUAUUGCACGGUAAACUCGAUCAUUGAACUAGUAUAUCAGAUUUCUUGGUAGUGUCCUAAGAUAUCAUAUUUAAUUUGUGUUGGAACAAGCAACUGUUGAGGAAAGAAAUUCAAAACGUUUUACGGAAAACAAGUUUUGUUUGCAUGCAGUGAACAAACAUACAAGAGACAAGGGAUUUUAAAAGUGCGGGGUCAAGAUAAAUUCAUACUGUGUUGUUCGGUUAAGUAUUUCUCAAUUGUAAAAUAUGGCCACCACAACAAGCAGGACAACAAGUAGAGGAAACAUGCAGUCUGGUAAAUCAGGGCGCGAUAUGCUACGUCUACAGUCCCUCAAUGAUAAUACGGAAAGUGAACUAUUCCAGCGGAGACGUCUUCAUUUUGGUGGUGAAGAUGAGGGUCACUAUUCCACUAUCAAUGGUUUAGAUGGAGUGGCAAUGUUACCGAAUGGAGAUCAAAGUAAAAGCAUGUCCCUCGGGAGCUCUGUGUGCCACCGUUGCAAUGAAGGGUUCGGUCCGAGUGAGCAGAUCAUGAACUCCAAUGGGGAGAUUUGGCACACCAAGUGUUUUGUUGAACUGCAGAAAAAGCCGUAUGACUUGGCAUGUGCAAAGUGCGGUGACUAUCUAAAUCCAUGGGAGCAAAUGGUAAACUGCAACGGGCAGGUGUGGCACACCAAAUGCUUUGUUUGUGCUCAGUGCUUCCAGCCUUUCCCAGAUGGAAUCUUCUAUGAGUUUGAAGGCAGGAAAUACUGUGAACAUGACUUCCAUGUGCUGUUUGCUCCAUGUUGUGGAAAGUGUGGAGAGUUCAUCAUCGGGCGUGUAAUCAAGGCCAUGAAUGGCAGCUGGCACCCCAAUUGUUUUAGGUGUGAGAUCUGUACCGGACCACUAGCUGAUGCUGGCUUUGUCAAAAAUGCUGGAAGAGCUCUGUGCAGAGAGUGCAAUGCUAAGGAGAAAGCCAAAGGCCUGGGGAAAUAUGUGUGUCAUAAGUGUCAUUCAAUCAUCGAAGAGGGCCACAUCCGCUACAAAGGAGAAGCUUAUCACCCAUACCACUUCAAUUGUUCCUCAUGCAGUGGGGAACUUAACGCAGAUGCAAGGGAGAAGAAUGGUGACUUAUUCUGUCUGCGUUGUCAUGACAAGAUGGGAAUACCCAUAUGUGGAGCCUGCAGGCGUCCUAUUGAGGAAAGAGUAGUUCACGCCCUGGGAAAGGCUUGGCAUGUAGAGCAUUUCGUGUGCGCUAAAUGUGAGCGACCAUUCUUAGGCACAAGACAUUAUGAGAAGAAGGGGUUGGCCUACUGUGAAACUCAUUAUCAUCAGCUUUUCGGGAACAUCUGCUUUGUAUGCAAUUGUGUGGUAGCAGGAGAUGUAUUCAGUGCCUUUAAUAAGUCGUGGUGUGUUGGACAUUUUGCCUGCUCUAUCUGUGACAGGAAGAUGAGUCACAAAACAAAGUUUUUCGAAUUUGAUCUGAAGCCAGUUUGUCGUGUUUGCCAUGAGAAAUUUCCUGCCGAGUUAAAGAAAAGACUAAAGAAAUACCAUGAAGAGGUCAAUAAGAAGGCAGCCAAUUAAUGACCGUUCAUGUCACAAACCUAGGUAGUCAGUGCUUUAAAUCCUUAGUAUUAUCAGUGUACUUUUGUAUUGUAAAAUGAGAGCCUGUCAUUAAGGAUAAUUUUUGUGAGAAGGAAAACUCGAAAUCAUUUCAUUCGAAUUUCAAAUUUUUCAUUCAAGUCAUUUCCAUUUUGAAUGAUGAUCCAAAAAUUAUUGAAUCAACUCACUUGUGUGUCUCUAAUAUUUGAUCUUCAUACAGUUCAAUCAUGAUUACUUCAUAUCUAAUAGGCUGUUAUAGUGUCCUCAUCAGACAUCAGCUUCUGUAUUGAUACUUAAUUAAUGAGCAAUAUUGUCAGAAGAAACAUUUGAUAAACAGUUUGGGCGAGCUUUAAAUAAUUAUUUUGUUGGCAGGUUCUCGUGUAUUUAUUCAAAUCAGGUAUUGAAUGAAAAUGCAAGAAAAAAAAGAAAAUAUUUAUUUUUUGUACAUCUCUGUAAUUAUUAGAUAUUUAAAGAUGCAUGCUACAGUAACUUGUGGUUUGUGUAAGAGUUAUCCCCCUUUACAUCUUACCCGAGCAUAAAUUGUGUUCAUCAAUUUAAAUGUGUUGACUAACAACACUUUUAAGUGUUAUGAGUGUAGACACUUUUGGAGAUUGACUGUUAAGCAGCAUACAUUCUUGUGAAGUUUUUUGCUGAUAAUACACUGUAAACAUGGAUAUUUCUGUGUGGGUUUAAUUUCGCGAUUUUGAGACGUAAACUUUGUGGGGGUUGUUUCUGCAAAAUCUUUUCAUUUCUUUAAAUACCACAUGCAACACAAAAUAAUCUGUGUGAGGGAAAUUCUUUGUGGCGAAAUGGCCUUCACAUUCAUAGCAUGAAUUAUCUCCGCACAUAAAUUUCCAUGUUCAGAGUAAGAGGAUAGAAUAGAAGGAUGUCUAUUUUGUUUUGUGGAGAAGUUUUACAUGAACAUGUGUUUUUAUUGAUUUGGGGAAGAGGAUGAGAUAAGGUAACAUCAUCUUAUUGAUGUAAAAGAAAUAUUUUUGUGUAUAUUAGCGUUGAUUUGUAUAUUCUGUCAUUAUUCUAUUAGUUUUGUGACCUUUCUUUCCACGCACUGCCAUAUGUUUGGAAAAGAGUUGUAACAAAUAUUGAGGAACACGUUGCGUGGAAUGUAACCUAAUACUUUAGCCCAAGGGAAAUAAUCUAAUCUUUAAAAAUGGUUGAAGGUGGUAUAAGGGAGAUAAUUCAAAUUUUGUUAUUUAUUUAUUUUCAUUUUCAGUGCUUUUCAAAUUGAUUUUGAAGUGCUAAACUAUUAUAAUUGAAAGUCUAUCUAAAUGAUACUAUCUAUGACUAUGGAUUCCAAAGCAAAGGAAUUUAGUUAAAGAGCUUAUUUGUUUUGAGAACAUACCACUCUGUUUGGCAUAUUGACUAGUUAUGGUGGAAGUAAAAUAAAGACGAGAAUUGUUUUUGUGUUUGAGACUAUCUGUUUGUUAUCUUUGAUACAUGGGGAUAGGUGAAGUACCAUAUAUUGUACAUAUGUGUGAUUACCCCUAUACCAUGAUGUUUUUAUUCUGAUAUUGCGCAUGUUAAUGUUAUAAAUAUACAUGAAACAGGAUCUCCUGUUUCUUCUUUGAGAACAAUUUUACAAAAUAUUUUGUUCUCUGAUUGAGAAAAGUUUUUAUAAAACUAUUUUGUUCUCUAGUUGCUAAAAGUUUUAAAACUUUUUCAUUACAAAUUCUAUAAAUCUACCGGUAAUGCCUUUUUGAUAUACAUGUGAUACUUGUAUCAUAUAGUCACUGAGAAUAGUUAAUUGUUAAAUGACACCUGUACUGUAGGUUAUUUUUCUUGUUAUUAAUUACAUGUACUAGUAGUUAGUACUAUUUAAUGUGUAAUUGUCAGGAAUUAUUAUACUCUUAUUACCUCGCAUGAUUUAUGCAUGGAAAUUUGAAUUUAUCAUGUUGUCGUGCCUGUAUACAGUUAUAAUGAUGCUGUGUUUAUCACUCUCAAGACAUAUUUUAAAAUUUUGAAUGAUACAUUUCUAUCAACUUAUAUAAAAAAUCUUUCAAAACUCAUAAUUGACUCAUUGGAUUGUUUGAAAGGCACACAAGAUAUUAGAACCUUUCAAAGCAAAUUUAGAGUUAGAGUAGAUCAAGUUAGAGUAGAUCAAAAUGAAUUAAAGUGCACCAUACAACUGUUUGGUCGUUCUAGAACUCAUCAGUGAGGCUAAUGCCCUAUAGUGUAGAUGGUUAAAUUAUUAGAAAUUGAUACUGAUGAGUAACUUACUAUUGGCUCAUUACAUUCAGAAAAUGGUGAGGUUUAGAGUAAUUCUUCAUUAUUGACGGAAUUUAGAAGUUAACGUCAACUUGUGGUAAAAACUGCUUCUUUAGGAUCGAAAUAGCUUAUUUUUUUAUCGUCAUUUCGUUUGUUUCUACAACAUACAUAACUUAAUUUUGUGUCAAAAAGCCAAAAAUGUUAAAUGUGAUAUCUGUGUAACAAGUCUUAAUUGUAGUUGAAUAUCAUAUUAUGUUAUACAGCUUUCCUAUAGGACUAUUGCUAUUUUACUUAGUAAGUUAUAAUUACUUGUAUAUCUUUUACUAGCAGUGAUAUUGAUGCAAGUUAUAAGUAUGCUUUUAAAAAGGCAUUAACAAUAUAGCUGUAAACUCUUGUGUGAACGAUUCAGCUCUGUACCUGGUGAACGAUUCAGAUCUGUACCUGUUAAUUGCUGUAGGUCUAAAAUAUGUAACCUCGCUAUUUAUACUGCUGUUCAUUGUCAGGACAAUCCCACAGGGGCUUGGUACGUUCCUAUGACCAGGAAUGAAUAAUCAAUCCCAGGGACCCCUAGUUCAGUUAUUAUUGACCCCAGAAAAUAAUAAGUGACCUAUUGGUUGGACCCUGGGACAAUUUAUGCAAAUCUUUAUAUAGUAACCAGAUUAAUUUGAAAGAAAAUAUUAUUGUCCAUGUAGUUAUUUAUUUUACUGCUGAAUUCAAUUUGUUAAAUAGAAUGAAUGAAGUAAGUCAACAAUGGAUAUCUGUUGUAGUUUUGUGGAGAAUAUGAAUGAAAGUUGAAAUCAUAUAAUAUACUCAAGGCCCAAAUUCUCUGCAAAUUAUAUUAAAUCCAGACUAGGCUAAGACAUGAUGCAUGCACUCAUUUGAAACAGGAAAUUAAAAAAAAACCCAGAAUAUUUGCUACAUUUCUCCUUUGAAUUAUGGUUUAAUUUACUCCCUGUGUAUUUAUAUUUAUGGACAGCUGUUUGUUUAUUUGUAUAUCUGUAGUCUAUAUAUAUGUGUAUGUAAUCCCUAGUUAUUAUUUACUUUGAAAUGUUAAUGUAAGAACAAAUAUCAGUUUUAUAUUUAUUUCUUUAUGUAUUAAAUCUGUGUGCAUUAAACCCAUCAGUGGUGUAGCUAGGAGGAAAUUAUGUGGAUGUUUAAUAGACUUUUAUCUGUCUUUCUCUCUUGGUUUUUCUCUUUAUCUUUUUUUUUUUUGGAAAAAACUUUGGAUGCUUUUGAAUACAAGCAUACAUGGUAGCUACGCCACUGAUUGAGGUGAUGUUAUUGUAAUUCUAAUCAUAUGAUAUACUAGAAAUUUUAUACAUUUUUUCCCCCGCAUAUGGCACAUUUAUUUCUGACUUCUCUUAAAGAUAUUCAUCUACCUUUCCAUAGAGCCUUGAUUCAGGUAAACAUAUUGUCAUUGAACUGAGGAAACAUUCAUUACACACGACUUAGUCCAUUAUGAGUUCUACCUAAUCCCUCCUUCUGUCUGAUAUCCUGAAUACUCCUUAUCCAAGUUCAGUAUUUGAUCCUGGAGACCCCAUGCUAUCAUAGUGUUGUUUCUCCUUCAAUUUUGUAAAUGGAUAUAGAAUGUGAUUUUCAAAAACUUUGGAAUACAAAAACUGACUUGGUUUUAGAUCAAUUGUGAUAGUUCUUAGAUCUACAAUUAUAUGUCGUACCCAAUCUAUACUUUGCACUGUAUCGUAUAGGAGCGGAAAUUACAAGUGUAAUUUUAAUAAGAUUGAUGUUAUACCAAAUACUAUGUAUUGUUACCAAUUAGUAUCCUGGUAUAUAUUAUGUAAUUUUGCUGCCCUCUGUUGUUAUCAUUAGCAUGAGUGUCACCAUGAGUGUCACCAAUUAUGGCCCAGUGACAUGCAAGAUCCUAUACCACAUUUUAUAUCUAUUAACUUAGAUUUUCUGCUGUGUAUGAAUUAAAUCUGUCAUGUGUUGUUAAGUUAUUUCAAAAUGAAAAUUUCAAUUUAACCAAUAUUUAAAUUGCUAUUUCCGUAGACAUUUCAUAAUUUCAUUAUUGGGUGGUUGAGGUAACGCUGACUGGAAAAUCUCGGGGCAACUUUUCACAAGCUUUUUUAUUUACCAUGACGUUUUAAAUAUGUUUAUAAAAAUGUGGAUGAAUUAUCAAUAUUGGAAAAUCUCUGGAUAAGAUAUAUGUUACAAUUAGCCUUCGCUAUCUACAACAUGAUAAAAUAUAUUUUACAAUUUGCCUUAAGUUCACUAUCUACAAUAUGUAGUCACAAUGUAGGUUGAAUCACUGCCAAUUAUGUGUUAAUCUGUGUUGUCGAGUCGUGAUGGUAUACAAGUUUUCCAUUAUAGAAUUGUUACAUUUGUAAAAUUGUACGAUUGUAAUUCUCACUUAUAGCUUGCUUAUUAUGUAUAAGUAAAAAUUGGAAUGUUAAAA